AUGGCCUGCGCUUCACUGUGCUCCCCCAAAUUCCUGGUGAUCUUCUUCCUACUCUCGGCCAUACCAAUAGGCUACCUAAUAUCCUUGGAGUUGGCCAAACCCACCACCCACGUGUACCACUACCACAGCACCGGCUGGCUCCGAGAGUGCGCCAAGUGGGACGAUCUGAACCGUCGCUUCCUCGUCUCGUUCUUGGGCGGCGGCAUCGGCGAGAUUCACGUGCCCGAGGACGAAGAUCACAAAGUUUUGCAGGAAGUGGCGGUGGUCAAACACGUUGACUUGGCUGGGAAUGCUUCGCUGGGACUCGUCAUCGACCGCCCCAGGAAUCGCCUCCUAGUCGCCACUGCCGACGUCAAGGGAAACCGCUACGGUGCGCUGGCCGCCUACGACUUGUCCACGUGGGAGAGGGUCUUUCUCACCCAGCUCAGUGGCCCAAGUGAUGAAAAAUCAUUCGCAGAUGAUGUUGCAGUUGAUGCAGAAGGUAAUGCGUAUGUAACAGAUUGCAAAGCCAGUAAAAUUUGGAAGGUUGGAGUAGACGGCAAGUUCCUAUCGAUAAUCAGAAGUCCUCUCUUCACUGAAAAGGAGUGGUACAGAAACUUGGUUGGGCUGAACGGAAUUGUUUACCACCCGGAUGGGUUCUUGAUAGUUAUUCACACUUUCAGCGGCAAUUUGUUCAAGAUUGAUCUAGCAAAGGGAGAGGAAGUGAAGCUAAUUAAGGUAGUCGGAGGACCGCUAACAUUCGGGGAUGGUCUAGAGCUACUAUCUCCCACCAAGAUUGUAGUCGCUGGGAACCCUUCUGCUAGGUUAGUGGAGAGCUCUGAUGGCUGGGAGACAGCUUCGGUAGUGGGAACAUUCUCAGGGCCGAAGCAUCGGUUGGCCACAGCAGCAACUGUGAAGGAUGGGAAGGUGUAUCUCAACCACAUGGUUGGCCUGGGAUACCCUAAGAAGACGCAUACCCUCGUUGAGGCAGUCUUUUCUGCUUGA